AGAAUUUGAAAAUUAGAUCCAUUCCCACUUAUUUUCCUUCCCAAAUGUUGAGUUUUGAUGUUUCAAUGAAUUUGAAUAGCUUCAUUUUUUUUUUUCUCUCCCCCUAUUUGCUUGUUCCUAGUACAAUUUUAUUAGCAAAACAAUUUUUUGUCAGUUCACUAAAACAGAGAAAAGCAAUUUAUCUUUGAGUGGUUUUACAUGCAGUGUAUUUAGCCUUGCUAGUAGCAGGCUUUUGUCAUACUUUUCCCUGUCAAAAAGCCUUUGAUUGUUUCCUUUUUUGAAAAAAAAGAAAAAAAGCUAUUGAAUCCAAUUAUUACCAUCAGGGGUGGUGAGGUGCUGGUCGCUGUAUCCUGAAAAUCAGUUCGUGUGAAGUAUUCAGAACCUUGUGGUGGUCUCUUUCAUUUAAACAUAAAAGUGAGAAGGCAAUCAUGCCUGCACAGAUGGCAGAAUUUGACUGUGAGAGUGUUAUAGAAGCAUUUGAAGUGGCUACAAAAGAUGCGGAAAGGGUCCAGAGAGAGACUCUGAGGAGGAUUCUUGAGGAGAAUGGUGAAACAGAGUACUUGCAGGAAUGGGGUCUCAGAGGAAGGACAGAUCCUGAGAGUUUUAAGGCUUGUAUUCCUUUGGCAACGCAUCAGGAUCUAGAGCAGUAUAUCCAUAGAAUUGUAGAUGGGGAUACCAGGCCUAUACUUACCGGAAAAACUGUGACAACCAUAUCAUUAAGUUCUGGGACUACUCAAGGAAAACCCAAGUUUGUACCUUUCAAUGAGGAAUUGCUUGAGAACACAAUGCAGGUGUUUCAGACUGCAUUUGCUUUCAGGAAUAGAGAAUUCCCAGUCACGAAUGGGAAAGCCCUGCAAUUUAUCUACAGCAGCAAGCAGUUCAAAACCAAGGGGGGCCUUGCAGCUGGAACUGCCACAACAAAUGUGUUUCGGAGCGAACGUUUCAAGAAAACAAUGAAUGCCAUUCAGUCCCAAUGUUGUAGCCCUGAUGAAGUCAUAUUUGGACCUGAUUUCCAACAAGCUCUCUAUUGUCAUUUACUUUGUGGCCUAGUCUUCUCUAACGAGAUACAGUAUGUGGCUUCCACAUUUGCCCACAGCCUCGUGCAUGCUUUUCGAACUUUUGAACAACUAUGGGAAGAGUUAUGCAUGGAUAUAAGGGAAGGAGAGAUCAGCAAUAGAAUUACUGUUCCUUCCAUUAGAACAGCUGUUAGUAAAUUACUAAAAGCUGACCCCCAAUUGGCCAAUUCCAUUUAUGACAAGUGCAGUAAGUUGAAAUCCAAUGACUGGUAUGGACUAAUUCCUGAGCUUUGGCCAAAUGCUAAGUAUUUGUACGGGAUCAUGACUGGGGCCAUGGAGCCUUAUCUUAAAAAGUUGAGGCACUAUGCUGGUAGCUUGCCCUUAGUGAGUUCAGAUUUUGGGUCUUCCGAGGGGUGGAUUGGUGUAAAUGUCGACUCGAGAUUGCCCCCUGAAAAGGUUACAUUUACUGUGCUUCCUGAUAUUGGGUACUUUGAAUUUAUCCCUCUCAAGAAAGAAGAGGUUGAGGACCAGGUCUUUGAACAAAAUGCAGCCAAUGCCCAUUACUUGGAAAUUGAGCCUAUUGGUCUCACAGAAGUGAAGGUUGGGGAAGAGUAUGAGAUCAUCCUCACUAAUUUUGCAGGGUUGUACAGGUACAGGCUAGGAGACAUUGUCAAGGUGAUGGGCUUCCACAACAGGUCUCCUAAGCUCCAAUUCGUGUGUCGGCGAAGCCUCCUCCUCACAAUAAAUCUCGACAAGAACACGGAAAAAGACCUUCAGCUUGCUGUGGAGGAGGCCACAAGGCUACUAACCCCAUAUCGUGUUGAGCUCGUUGAUUUCACAAGCUUUGUUGACAUGUCCUCUGAUCCUGGCCACUAUGUCAUAUUUUGGGAGCUUAAUGCUGUCGAAGUUGGGGCCACUCUGCUAGAGUCAUGUUGUAGUUCCAUGGAUCGAGCAUUUGUUGAUGCAGGCUAUGUAAGCUCUCGCAAGGCCGGCCUUAUUGGCGCAUUAGAGCUGCGGGUGCUCAAAAGGGGCACUUUCCAAAAGAUAUUGGAUCACUAUUUGAGCAUGGGUGCGGCCGUUAGCCAGUUCAAGAUGCCUCGUUGUGUUGGGAGCUCCCACCAGGCAGUGCUGCAGAUAUUGAACAACAAUGUUGUCGAGAAUUAUUUAAGCACUGCUUUUUAAGUUGGUUUUUAAUGGAAUGCUUGUCUAGAAGUAGGUUUUCCCAAUUCUUUCUUUCUUUUCUUAAGAACAAGAGGGUAGCUUUCAUGUAUCUACAAGUAUAGGAAUCAAGAUUUGAAGUGUGUUUUUUGUUCCAGC